UGGAUAAGUGAGGAGUGGUACAGUGCGGCGCGUCCAUCCGCGAUGCCGUAGUCUUUUUGGUAUGCACAGCAUCGCUCCUCUGCAGCUUCUCUUUAACGCCUUAACGAACUGACUAAUGGUUACUUGGGGUAACACCGAGCCGUCAUAUUGCGACAAAGAGAUAUAAUAAAUAUACACACCACAGCGUUUCACCUGCAAGGCGAAGGACACAGACAGGUUUUCUCCUCUCGGUUGUGGCCGCGCUCGCUCGUUUCCUUGGAUACUACGUGAAGCGCUCGUGCCUUAUUUGCCUUUUUUCCUUUGCUUCAUAAGACUUGCCGUGAAGAUUGAGGUGCUCCGGGAGGAGGCAAGGACACACCCGAGUACUCUAUCUGCUUUCCACCUUUUCUUCUUCCACGCCAGUGAAAGACACGUCCAGUAUUACCGACAUUUAGAAAGAAGAGAUUUGGCAUCUCCAAAACACAGGCGCAGUAUCUCCUGGACUCUACCUGGUUUAUUCUUAUAAAGUUUAAUUUUUCAUGUGGAAUACUUAAGAGCUCAUACCAGAGGACCAGGAUCACCAUUUGAGGAAUUCAUGGAAAGAUGAAUAGGCAGAGCUCAGCCAUAACCAGACUGUGUUUACUUUUGGGUGAAGUGAAUCCUCUGGGAACACACUGUGGCAUUAAAACCCUUGUAAGACUUCACCCUUCAUUUUUGUCACACUGUGUUGUCUGGCUCAGGUAAAAAGUGCAGUCUUCACCUUCCUACAUAAUGACAGUGGCAACAGGAGAUCCCUCAGAUGAGUCAGCAGCACACCCAGGCCACCCUCAGGACUAUGACGCUGAGGGAGAACAGGAAUGCUGUGAAAGGGUUGUCAUAAACAUUUCUGGCCUGCGCUUUGAGACACAGCUCAAGACCCUCUCGCAAUUUCCUGAGACCCUGCUUGGUGAUCCAAAAAAGCGGAUGAGAUACUUUGACCCUUUAAGGAAUGAGUAUUUCUUUGAUAGAAACCGCCCAAGUUUUGAUGCCAUCCUGUACUACUACCAGUCUGGAGGAAGGUUACGGCGCCCUGUAAAUGUGACUCUGGAUAUAUUUUCAGAAGAAAUUCGAUUUUAUGAGCUUGGAGAGGAGGCUAUUGAAAUGUUCAGGGAGGAUGAAGGGUUCAUAAAGGAAGAGGAGAGGCCUUUGCCUGAUAAUGAAUUUCAGAAGCAGGUCUGGUUGCUCUUUGAGUUUCCAGAAAGUUCAGGACCAGCAAGGAUUAUAGCCAUUAUAUCUGUCAUGGUAAUUCUUAUUUCUAUUGUCAGCUUUUGUUUGGAGACUCUGCCUAUAUUCCGUAGUGAUGAAGAAGAUAUGCAUAAAGUCCGCACAUAUAAUAGUAACUCCACCACCAAUUAUGUGUCCACCUCCUUCACUAACCCUUUCUUCAUCUUGGAGACACUCUGCAUAAUCUGGUUCUCCUUUGAGUUCCUGGUUCGGUUCUUUGCCUGCCCCAGUAAAGCCAGCUUCUUUGUGAACAUAAUGAAUAUGAUUGAUGUGGUAGCCAUUAUCCCCUACUUCAUUACACUUGGAACAGAACUGGCAGAAAAAGCAGAGGAUGGCCAACAAGGGCAGCAGGCCAUGUCUUUAGCUAUCUUGCGAGUCAUCCGGCUUGUAAGGGUGUUCAGGAUCUUUAAGCUCUCACGUCACUCGAAGGGACUCCAAAUUCUUGGGCAAACCCUGAAAGCCAGCAUGAGAGAACUUGGGUUGCUUAUCUUCUUCCUCUUCAUUGGUGUCAUCCUCUUUUCCAGUGCUGUCUACUUUGCUGAAGCAGAUGAACCUGAAUCCCAGUUCUACAGUAUCCCAGAUGCCUUCUGGUGGGCUGUGGUUUCUAUGACAACUGUUGGGUAUGGAGAUAUGGUACCCACAACUAUUGGUGGCAAGAUUGUUGGUUCACUUUGUGCCAUCGCUGGUGUGCUGACCAUUGCUUUACCAGUGCCUGUAAUUGUCUCAAAUUUCAACUACUUCUACCACCGUGAAACAGAGGGUGAGGAGCAAGCUCAAUAUCUGCAGGUUAACACACCAAAAGCUGAUUCCCAAGAAGAAUUGAAAAGAAGUCAAAGUGUUUCUACCAUGAGCAAAUCUGACUAUAUGGAGAUUCAAGAAGGAAUGAACAACAGCAAUGAGGAUUUCCAGGAGGAAGAUCUUAAAAAAGGAAACUGCACUUUGGCCAACACAAACUAUGUGAAUAUCAAAAAAAUGCUGACUGAUGUAUAACUAACUAUAUUAUUGGAAAAUGGGAGAUAAGAGUGAGGAAGAUGGUAGCCUUAGUUUGCAAAUGAUCUGAGGCUUUAAAUCGUUAAAGGAUUAAAGAGGAUCAUGAUGAAUCAGAACCUCUGCUAUGGAUAUGAAACCUCUGCUAUUGAUCUGUUCUGCUGAGUAUAGCCAAGAUCAACCUAACCCUCUGUGUAAAAUUGUCUUCAUAUUCAAACAUCAUCAGAGUCUGCAUGCAGUUAGCUUUCAUCUCUGUGACUCGCACUGAAAAAGCUAAAUUCCUGUAACAGCAGUUAUUGUAGACACUAGAGGAGGAUGAAGAAACAUCCUAACUAAAGGGUUAACUUUAUGCCUCCAAAAAAAACACCUUGUACCAUGUAUGUAUCCUCACAGCAUAUCAUUCCCUCAAAGUUCAGCCACAUCUCUGUGCUUUUCCAAAGAAAAUGUUAUUGUGCUUCUUCUGCUAAAAAAAAAAACAAGGCCUCAUGGGGAGUGUAAUAGUAAUGAUAUAAGAUUAUGAACACAAAAAGUCCUCCAUUGCUGCUGCUUAUUAUAGAUGUCUGACAGAAGCAACAUCAAAACAACAACACACUCAGAUUCAAUCAUCUCCAAGCUUUUAAAACAGUUUUGCAACAGUGUCUUGCAACAGUCUCCAAUUGUUUUAAAAAGCAUCAUCUCUCUUGGUAACCUGCAAAGCUUUCAAGAAAGACUGAAUUUUUUUGUGCCAUAUUUUAUGUUCAUGAUAUGAAGUUUAUCAGAUUUAUGCAGCGUGUAUGUAUAGCUUUUUAUUAAUGAUACAGUCUAUCAUACCAGACCAGAUUAUGCUGAUGUUUGCAAACAAACAUUGGGUUAAUGUCAGCUUUAUGCUUUGGUUAGGAAAAAACACUGACCUAAACAUGCACCGAUUACAGUUACAUCAAUACACAAUAAGUUUAAUAAUGAGAACUAAUGGUCUUAUUCAGUCAAACCCUAAAUCUAGCUCUGAAUAUUCUUAAAACACAAGCUGCCUCUACCAAUGAUGAUAUUGUAGCAAAAUUCAUGUAGUGUGACAGUGGUGUGAUUAUGGAGCGAUGUUACGAAGGUACCACAGAAAUGAGCAGCUAGAGUUGUGUUGUAUUUCAGCUUGCAACAUUCUGAUCAUUUCAUUACUUUUUCUAAAGAGAUGGUUGAUGUUCAUUUUACCUGGGAAGUAAACAAGCCAUAUCGAUUUAACACUGUAAUAAAGCUUAGCAAAUAUUUAGCCAGUCGACCUAACAAAUUGGUAGCAUUCGUAUAAAUAUAUUGCCUUUUUUUAUUAUCAAUUAUCAAUAUUAGCUAUUUUAUGCAAAGAUCAAUUUUAGAUUAGUCUAUUUUUUUUAAUGUUAUUUCAUUCCUAACAAGAGGCUUGAUAGUACUGUUUAGACAUCGAGGGUGUCCAAAAUUUUGAGAUUACAUUUGGAAAUAAACAAUGGGUCAUGGAAUAUAGAAAUAAUUCUAUAGUUCUGAAAUAAUAACACAGAAAGUGAAUGUUGCAUAUUGUGAAUGUUAAAUAUUUAAAUCUUUUUCUAUUUCUAGGUCCCCAUUUAAACUUAAGUAAAUUUGUGAUAGUGACCACAUUAACUGCUUUAGACAAAAACUCAGAUUUUCCUUAUCUUAAUUUCUAUUACUGAUGCAUGUGUUCAGACAACACUCAAAUGUGUUUGAUGAAAAAUGGAUUUGAAAUUCGUUAUAAAUAUUUCAAAGAUUUUAAUUUUAAAUUAUAUUGUUGUCAGUAACAGGACUGUUAAUGGAAAUGGUGUAUUAAAUUAGAGAAGUAUGCAAAAUAGAAGUAUUUUUACUAGUGCUCUCAGAAUUUUGGACCCCGCUGUUUGUCUAAUUACUGUAUGUGUACUGAUUCUACUGUAAAACGAUGGUCUUGAGCACCAGUGCUGCUUUCAGGUUUCGUUUGGUUGUCAUUGUUUUUUGGUUUGUUUUGUUUUGUCUUUGGCUGUCAAAGACAUUGGGAUGUACAUAGUGACCUUUAGCUAGUGGCAGAGCAGCAGUACAUGACUAGAAUGACUUAAAAGGACACUGCAGUAGCUGCAACUGCAGUUUCCUAUUCCUCAUAACACCAGAUGACCUUCCCAGUGCAUACAAGUGAGACAUACAGUACAUGCUUGUUUACUUCUCUCAUUACAAGAAAAAGACUAUAAAUCAAUAGAUAUCAACAAUACUGAAAGGAUGACAAAGCCGUAUACCUUUCAUAUUGGUCAUACUGAGGUCAUACUGUGGUAGCUUGAGCAUUUGAUAAGGCCAGCAGUUAUUUUACUUAUUUGCCUUACAAUUGCAGCUAAUGCAGUAGGGGUACAGCUGGAUACAGUCUGUCUCUAUAUUCCAUUGCUUGCCAGGAAAUAAUGAAGGUGAAACCUAGUUUACUGUAGCAAUCAUAUUAUGCACGUGGUGCAUCUUUUUUCAUUUUACAUUUUUUGAAACACAGCCUGUAUGUGCUGAUGCAUACAGGCAGAAUUCCUUACAGCUUUUAGCUGUCAGCUUUGUUUUAGCAGAGUAUAGAAAUGCAUUCAUGUAAAGUUCAUAUUUAGGUCAUUUGCAUUCAAGACCUUAGUUGGAGGUAAAGAGAAAAAAACUGUAUGCACAUUGUACAUAGCCAGUGCCUAUAGGAUUUGCAUAUAAUAACUUUAAUGCAACAGACAGGGAGCUUUAGUCUAUGCAUGGAAAGGUACACAAAAGGAAUGUAUCAUCCCAUUUCCUGAACACUUGCACACUGGAUAUUUUCUUUCUUUUGUUUCAUUUUUACCUGGAAGCAUCAGGUGUUGGACCUGAAACUGAAAAAAUGUAUUUUUGUCUGAAUGACAUACAGUACAUUUAGCAUAUUAAGCACUUUUAAAUGCCAUCAUAUUGAUUGCAGAUAUUGUUUUGUUGUUGUUGUUUUUUUUUUUUUAGUUAGUUAUUUUGUUGUGUGUUUUAUUUGGAGCACUGAAUGUCUUAAGUAAUUGUUGUUAUAAGCAUCCUGCGAUCAUUCCAUUGCCAAGGAAUGGAAAAACGCACUCACCUCUUAUUCUAUUGUGCAUUUGUGUAUAUAGGACUGAAUGUUAAUAAGAUAUAUCAAGCUUAACUGAGAUAAGUAAGUGCAAUAUACUGUAUAUUAGUUACAAAUGACGUGGAAAGAUCUGAAACAAUUUAUCCCAAUUUUACCCAGACUACUAUAACCAAUGAGAUUUGAGACUUGCUUUGCCACGAUGCCACUUAUCAUUAGCAACCCAAACAGAAAAGCGGUAUAAACAUGAAUUUAUAUAACAGUGGAAUAUUUAAGAUUUUAUAUCAGUUAAGAGUUGGCUAUGCUUAUCUCAAGCACCCAAAGCAAUUACAUAUAUUUUUAAUGUGACUCAGUGUAUUUCAGCUGCUUUCACCGUGUCAUUAAUGCCUGUGACUUCACUGAGUGCUGAUGGAAUCAGCAAGGUUAAAACUGGAUCUCAUUACUCAAUUAUGCAAACCUGUUUUGUGUGUGUUGAGCAUGAUUCGUAAACCGUGUAUCUGUGUAUCUACGCACCACUGUUUGGAGAGUUUUGGAACUCUUAUUCAUGUUUGUUUCAUAAGGAACAAUCACCCUAGAGCUUUAUAACUGCAGUCUGAUCAGGUGUUUAAAUAAUGCAGAUUUUGGGCAGAGGUGUGGGCAGUACACAUAUAUACAGCAUUAUACUGUAUUUAAACAGAGUUAAAGAUCAGCAUGUCUGUAUAGUUCUGUGCAAAAUCUGUUAAACAACUACCCGAUAAACUGCAGAGAAGUGCAUUAGACUGCAAGCAUAAGUGACAUUAUAGUUUAUACCUAUCACUCUUCAUAUCAGUAAAGCCUAGCAAGUACAGUAUGCUCUAGAACAUAGUCAUUUCUUUUUUCUAUGAAAACAACAUUUACAAAAACAUACAUAAGAUUAGAAUAGGGAGGGAAAUUAAAUUCUGCACAUUCUUUUGUCUAAUAAGAUGCACUUUAAUAGUACAAUAAGAUGACAAUCUAAUGACUGACACUAAGCAUAUAACAUUUUCAAAUGUCAAUUCAUGUCUUAAUGUUACAUCGAAAAUGAAAAUGAGAAGCAAUUGUAAACCUGUGUUUGCAUUUUAUUUUUCUGCGUUCAAUGAAACAUCAAGUGUGUGUGUGUGUGUGUGUGCAGUACAUCUUCCCUUUAGGCAUUAUCAAAAUGUGAAUGUGGUGCUCAGAGGAAAAUUAUUACUACUAUUAUUAAACAAAGGAAAGACUGCCAUGUCAUAAAGUCAACAACUCAAAGAACAACACCACAAUCAGGAGAGUUUUCACUCAAGCUAUCUAUUAUUAGUCAAUUAGCUAUACAGGAGGCAAACACAGCUUUUUUUGCACAAUGUUUGACCCAUGUGUAAUAUAGUGCCCCUAUGUAAAUAUAUUAGUAGGAGAAUAGUAUGACUAUAAACAGACAAUUAUUGAGUAGAAUAAAAGAUUAGCAGAAUAAGGAAGGAAUUUCUAUUCAUCUGUUUUAAGCAUUGAAGAACUAGAUGGUGAUGUUCAAAGAUAUGCUUUGAGAGAGUGUUGGGAGGCUGACAGAAUAUUCACAGGAGACAGGAAUAGAUUAAACAGUGAGACAGGAGGAGGGAGGUGAAGAAUAGAACUUGACACCUUCACGCAGUGUUCAUCAUCAGGCAGUAUGAGCACACUAUUUAUUUUGACCAUUAGUUAAUCCUCACUUCCUGGAAAUGUUUAAGACUUCUGAAUGCCAAAACGUGUAUUGUUAAGAUUGAUUAUUAUAAGCAGACAUUUAGUUAUUAUCCUUUUGAUUUUUUUGGUUUGGUUUAUAUGUUUAACAUGGCUUAUGACAGUAGAUCAUAAGAUGAUGGAAGAUCAAGAGAAGAAGUCGAGCCUUUUGCCCUUCAUCAAGCUUGUUUCAUACUGAAUGUGAACCUAAAUAUGUACGAGGUUGGUUUAAAUUCCAGGAUAUUUACUCAGAUGUCUCUUAGAUGAUGCAGAAAAAACGCUGAUGAUACUCAAGAAAAUAGCACUGUUUGGUUUAUCUUUAUUGCCCCCUAGAGGUGUUCUACAUGUAUUUCACAUAACAGCACAACUGAGCUCCAUACAAUAAGGCACACAACCCAAGUGUACUGACACGAAUAAAUACCUGAUACAACUGCAUUGGAAAUGGAUAGUGCAUUUCUCAGUAUUGUCCUUUUGCUUAUCAGCUACAUUGAUUUUAAUAAAAUCAGAUAAGGGCUGUCAACAGCAACAUUGUGUACAAAUUAGAUAUAUAUGUAGAUUCUGGUUUAGGACAGUGCAGAAAAGAAAUCACUAUGUGUAAUGUCUGGCAUGAGAAAUAAUGCAGCACCGUUAAUGCAA